UUUCAGAGUCUGCAGCUGGAGCAGGAGAUCUGUUUGGCUUCAAACUGCACCCUGGCCAGGGUGAACCUGUCCCUGCGUCCACGGCUGGAAGACGGAAAGGCUGCCCUAGCCCUCAAGUACCAGGAGCUGUGGGAGAUACGAGAGGCAUGUUGGGACAAGCAGCAGCGCCUGGAGGCGUACCUGGAGAAGUGGAGCCCACAGAGCGCCCUGGGCCAGCUCCAAGCCAAGCUCAAUGCCUCUGAGGCAGAGUCGGAGGCCCAGAUAGAGCAGUUCCUGUCCCAGGACCUGCCCCUCGAUUCCUUUCUGGAGUCCUUCUACCAGAGCCGCACGCGCUCCCACAUCUGCCAGACGCAGCUGGAGAAACUGCAGGAGCUGCUGCAGAAGGACCAG